UAUCACUAUAUUAAUGAAAAUAAUGUAUUUUCGGAAAUUUAACUACAAGAAGGGUGUUGUAGGCAUUGGUUUAGUGUGUUUUCACUGUCUCUUGCUUUGCGUAUCUGACCGGAGGAAAAGGGGAUGUUGCUGAGGCAGACUCUCUGUGCUGAAAGCCUUUAUCAGAGGUGGAGGCCAGUAAAGCCAGUGCUCUGUCUCUGUAAUUUUCUGCCCCCGAGAUGGAGAAGAGAGAGACAGAGAGGGGUGAAAAAGAAAUUGUGGAAAAGGGACUACAUUUGCUUCUCUAACAGGGAGCUGCUGUCUUUGUAUCCCACACUUUCGCAUUGUAAUUAUGCUGCUCUCUCCAAGAGCUAAAGAAAAAGCUGGUGAAAUUGAACCCAUCUGAGCUGAGACAGUAGCUUGUGCCGUGGCGUAAAAAAAAAAAAAUGUCUGAAAGAAGGGGAUGCUCAUGUUGAGCUGAUAUUGCGUAAAACCUGUUUGACAGUUUUCUUAUGAAGCAGUGACUUUCCCACAAGAAAGUACCUUUUUUAAAUUCAAGGAAGUGUGCAUUUAAAUGAUGUGUUCAUAGGGCUGGGGCUGUGUUUGUUCAAGACAAUGAAACAGUAAUGUUUGAGUUGCUUCACACUUGACUUGAGGGAUAUAAAACGCAUGAGACUGGGGUGGUCCCAUUUUUAGAGGGAAAUGACUAUGGCAUUGUAGUCACCAUGCAGUUUUAGAGCUGAUGGUUCUCCAUUGCCCCUGGCCUCAGUUCAGCCUUGACCUGUCUCAGUAGGUAUUGGGGCCCAAUGGUUGUGGGCUCAGGAUUCAUGGGUGAUGCGAACAGUUGAGUUUGAUAUCAUUUUUAGAUUACCAACAGGUUUGUCAAACUAUUCUAUGAUUUCUUGAAAAAAGUGUUUAAACAAUUGUUAUUUUUUAAGCUUUAACAUUUAUCUAAAAAGGCAUAAACUCACAUUUUUAAACCCUAUUUUACAUUAUCUGAAGUGUUUGUUAUGCCCGCCAUUGGUUGAGACAUAGGAUUUUCUUGAAUGCAGGGUGAGUGUCAUUUCAACCAUAGAAAUAGUGGAUCUAUCCCUUCAGACCCCUGCAAUCUAGCUGGUACGCCAUUGACAUUUACAUUUAAUUUAAACUUUAACUUCCAAUCACUACCAGAAAGAUGGCCUCUGGUCCACCCAUUGUCGAAUGUCAACUUGAAUGGAAAUGCCUAUUCUAUUAUCUCUACAACACAAACACCUCAGAUGGUGUAUAAUAGGGUCUAAGCUACAACAUACACUACAUGACCAAAAGUAUGUGGACAACCAUCUCAUUCCAAAAUCAUGGCCAUUAAUAUGGAGUUGGUCCCCCCUUUGCUGCUAUAACAGCCUCCACUCUUCUGGGAAGGCUUUCCAUUAGAAGUUGGAAUGUUGCUGUGGGGACUUCUUCUAUUUAGCCACGAUCAUUAGUGAGGUUGGGCACUGAUGUUGGCCGAUUAGGCCUGGCUCCUAGUCAGUAUUCCAAUUCAUCCCAAAGGGGUUUAGAUGGUCAUUGCAGGUCAGUCAAGUCUGUGCAGGUCAGUCAGUCAAGUUCUUCCACACCGAUCUCGACAAACCAUUUCUGUAUGGACCUCGCUUUGUGCACGGGAAUUGUCAUGCUGAAACAGGAAAGGUCCUUCCCCAAACUGUUGCCAAGAAGUUGGAGGCACAGAAUCGUCAAUAAUGUCAUUGUAUGCGGUAGCGUUAAGAUUUCCCUUCACUGGAACUAAGGGGCCCGAACCAUGAAAAACAGCCCCAGACCAUUAUUCCUCCUCCAGCAAACUUGACAGUUGGCACUAUGCAUUCGGGCAGGUAGCGUUCUCCUGGCAUCUGCCAAACCCAGAUUUGUCCGUCGGAUUGCCAGAUGGUGAAGCAUGAUUCAUCACUCCAGAGAAAGUAUUUCCACUGCUCCAGUCCAAUGGCGGCGAGCUUUACACCACUCCACCCGACGCUUGGCAUUGCCCACGGUGAUCUUAGGCUUGUGUGCGGCUGCUCAGUCAUGGAAACCCAUUUCAUGAAGCUCCCGACGAACAGUUCUUAUGCUGAUGCUUCCAGGGGCAAUUUGGAACUCGGUAGUAAGUGUUGCUCAGUACCGAGGACAGACGAUUUUUACGCGCUUUAGCACUCUGCGGUCCAGUUCUGUGAGCAUGUGUGGCCUACCACUUCGCGGCUGAGUUGUUGAGACGCUUCCACUUCAUAAUAUCAGCACUUAUAGUUGACUGGGGCAGCUCUAGCAAGGCAGAAAUUUGACAAACUGACUUGUUGGAAAGACGGGCAUCCUAUGACGGUGCCACGUUGAAAGUCACUUCUGUACGGGCCAUUCUACUGACAAUGUUUGUCUAUGGAGAUCGCAUGGCGGUGUGCUCAAUUUUAUACAUGUGUCAGCAAUGGGUGUGGCUGAAAUAGCCAAAACCACUAAUUUGAAGGGGUGUCCACAUACGUUUGUUUUUGGGUAAGCUGAAAAAAAUUGUUUUCAUUUAAAACAUUAAAAUAUAUUUUUUCAAUCAUAAAAUAGUUUCACAACCCUGUUUGUAAGCUUUCAAAUUAUAUCAAACUCAACUUUAUCUUUUUUAGGGAAGACACGGAUGUCUCAUGGUAGAAUGGGGUAUGCAAAAUGGGUCUUCUUUCAGCCCCUCUCGCUCCUGAAUGUUUUAGUGUUCAGGUUCAAAAAGUCCCUUUCUACCAUGGGCAAACAUGUAUGGAAGGUUUUGUUCAAAUCAAGAGGUGCAAUCAGAAAGUAAUUGAAAUCAUAUGGAACGACCCAAUGUUGAGUUUGAAACUAGAACGCAUUUAGCUGUUAGUUAAUAAUAGUUAGUUACAUAACAUCCAUGCCCAGUCAAUUCCUGUAGAUGUGUCUCUGUGUAAUUUGUCCAUUUGAGAAAUCCACUUUUGGCAUCAAUGCAUGACAUGUGUUUGAGUUCAUGUGUAGAUAGGAUUCAACCCCAUGUUAUGAAAUGCAUGGCUCCAGAAAAGCAAAUCUAAUCCCUGGGACAUUGUUCUGAGGCACUGACAGAUGAUUGUUGACCUUCAACUUAAUCACAUUCUGUCAGUUUCACACUCUGGAACUCUGAACAUUAGAACACUGCUUUACUAGACAUUUUCCUUCUCCCAAUAAGAGAGGGACUCUUGCUGGCCGUAGCCUGUAGAUUUAUGAUACCUCUGCACCAAAGCGAACAGUGUGUGUCUGUGUCCAGUCAGGAUUGGUUUAGACAGAGUUUGCCCCCGGGCCAAAUAGACUCUCGCUCUAAGAAUAACCCCAUUGUAGUGAGACCGAGAGAGUGGGUCAGUGUUGAAGCAGACCUUGAAGUCAGACGGGAUUGUCUUUCCUCUGGAAAUGAUACUAAAAUGAUACAAAUAAGAUUUUUUGGCUGAGGAGGAGGUGACGACUGAGUCGGAUGCAGUAGAGGGGAUGGAGAUAUCUACACGAUCCAAAGUUUCGGACCCAGGGUCAGUGGAGCGGGCGGCCCAGAAACGCAAGGUGCCCAGCCCCCCUCACUCGUCUAAUGGUCACUCCCCGGCUGAGACUUCCCCCAGUCCGGUCAAAAAGAAGAAGAAACCAGGAGCGGUCAGCAGCAGUAAAGACCAGUCAGAACUAAGACAUGGUCCCUUUUACUAUGUGAAGCAGCCAGCACUCACCACAGACCCUGUUGAUGUUGUGCCGCAGGACGGCAGAAAUGACUUCUACUGCUGGCUGUGCCACCGCGAGGGUCAGGUGCUCUGCUGUGAGCUCUGCCCGAGGGUGUACCACGCCAAGUGCCUCAAACUACCCGCAGAGCCCGAGGGUGACUGGUUCUGCCCUGAAUGUGAGAAAAUAACAGUUGCAGAGUGCAUAGAGACUCAGAGUAAAGCAAUGACGAUGCUAACAAUAGACCAGCUGUCUUACCUGCUAAAGUUUUCACUCCAGAAGAUGAAACAGCCAGGUGACCAACCACGCUCGUCAUCUCACUCCCCCCAUGCAGGCGCCACGCAGAGAAAGGCUUUUAAUUGGACGGAACCCUUCCAGAAGCCAGUAUCUCUGGAACAGCAUCCAGACUACGCAGAGUAUAUAUUUCACGCCAUGGAUCUCGGUACAUUGGAGAAGAAUACAAAAAAGAAAAUGUAUGGCUGCACUGAAGCUUUCUUGGCAGAUGUGAAAUGGAUUUUACACAACUGCAUAAUUUAUAAUGGAGGCAAUCAUAAGCUUACUGCCACAGCUAAAGUCAUAGUGAAAAUCUGUGAACAUGAGAUGAAUGAGAUUGAGGUCUGUCCGGAGUGCUAUCUGUCAGCUUGCCAAAAGAGAGACAACUGGUUCUGUGAGCCAUGCAGUAAUCCUCACCCUCUCGUGUGGGCCAAGCUGAAGGGGUUUCCAUUCUGGCCUGCCAAAGCACUGCGGGACAAAGACGGGCAGGUGGAUGCUCGUUUUUUCGGGCAGCACGACAGGGCGUGGGUCCCCUUAAACAACUGCUACCUCAUGUCCAGGGAGAUUCCCUUUUCUGUGAAGAAGACUAAGAGCAUCUUCAACAGUGCCAUGCAGGAGAUGGAGGUCUACGUGGAGAACAUGAGGAAGAAGUUUGGAGUGUUCAACUAUGCCCCCUUCCGGACACCCUACACCCCUGAUAACCAGUACCAAAUGCUGCUGGAUCCUGCCAACCCCUCGUCCGGCUCGGCCCGGCCCGAGAAGCAGGAGAAGAUCAAGUUCAACUUUGACAUGACUGCAUCUCCCAAGAUGCCCUUGGCCAGGAGCAUGCUGUCUGACGGGGGCGGGGGCAUGGGCGGGGUUGGAGGGAGUACAGCCCGGAGGAUCUCCCUGACAGAUAUGCCCCGCUCACCCAUGAGCACCAACUCUUCUGCUCACACAGGCUCUGAUGGAGAGCUGGAUACACCAGACAAGGGCCCGGCUAGAGCCCCAGUCAGCCACUACAGUGCUGGGGAGGAGUCCAUGGACUGCACAGCAUCACCUGCUUCCACUCGACCUGGUCCUGCCUCUGGUGCCAAUGACAGCCCUAAACCGUUCCUCUCCCAGGGUCCUGCUCUAGUCCCCAAGCAGGAGAAAGCAACUCUCACAGGGAGCAUCCUUAACCUCAACCUGGACCGUAGCAAAGCCGAGAUGGACCUAAAGGAGUUGAGUGAGACUGUACAGCAGCAACAACAGGGGGCCCCACCAGUCCUCACCUCGCCCAAGAGACAGAUCAGGAGCCGCUUCCAGCUCAACCUGGACAAAACCAUUGAGAGCUGCAAGGCCCAGCUGGGAAUAGAUGAGAUCUCUGAGGAUGUGUAUAAGGGAGUAGAACACAGCGACUCAGAGGACUCUGAUAAAUCAGAUUCGAGUGACAGUGAUGCCAGCGACGAGGAACAGAAACCUAAGGCAGGCAAACACACAAAGGCCAAUGACAAGGGCGAGAAGGACUCUUCCAAGAGGGGAUCCAAAGACCCCCUGCCCCCCAGCCUAAAUGAGGUCAAAACAAAGGGGCCAGCAACUGCCACGGUAACCAUGGGGGAUGUGGGGGCACCAUCUACUCUCUCUGAAUCCUCAUCUAAAGAGAAUCAGGGUGUACACUCGGACAAAGACCUCCCAGAGGAAGCAAAAGCAGCCCCAGUAUCCCCGGCAUCCAGAGAGAAGCCCCAGGUGAAGCAGGAGGCUAGGCAGCCCUCUGUGGUGGACGACUCCGACUCUGAGAGGGAACUGGUGAUUGACCUGGGGGAGGACCAGGGUGGCAGAGACCGGAAGAAGAGUAGGAAAGAUUCACGCGCCACCAAAAAUCCACCAGCCAAUAAGACAGAGGGUAAAGCCCUGUCAAGUUCCCUUACUCCAUCUCAAAACAACACAGCCCAUUUCUUAACCCCCAGUAUGAAAGAUUCAUCACAUUCUCCACUAGCCAUCCCUCUAAACAUGGUGUCCUUCACUACUGCUUCUUCCACCACCAUCGCCCCCACCACACUCCCCAAUGCCACACUACCGAUGGCCCCCAUCACAUCCUCCUCUGCCACCACAGCAGUGAAGAAACAGCGCCCUCUGCUGCCCAGGGAGACUGUCCCGGUGGUGCAGCGGGCGGUGGUGUGGAACCCCACCAACAGGUUCCAGACUUCCUCCCAGAAGUGGCACAUGCAGAAGGUGCAGCGGCAGCAACAAAAUCAGCAGCCAGAUACGCCUCAGCUGCAGGCAGCAUCACCAGGCCAGCCACAGACAAUGCCGCAAACGCCAGCAUCUGCAACAUCUUCAUUGCCACAGCAACCUUCCCAAAGCACGCGGUACCAGACCAGGCAAUCUGUCAAAGCUGUCCAGCAGAAAGACCCACCACUCAGUACGUCCACGUCGUCUGUUACCCUGGUGACCAGUACCCCACCCUCUGUGGCCAUGAUGGCAGCCCCUGGAUUAGGUAGUGGCCCCUCCACCCCAUCCUCCAUGGCAGGGGACUUCCAGAUCCCCACCGCAUCAGCAGACGUAGCAGCUGACAUUGCAAAGUACACUAAUAAAAUAAUGGAUACAAUCAAAGGGACUGUGACUGAGCUGUAUACAGACCUUUCCAAAAACACUUCAGGGAACACAUUAGCAGAGAUUAGACGAUUGAGAAUUGAAAUAGAAAAACUGCAGUGGCUUCAUCAACAGGAGCUGUCAGAAAUGAAGCACAAUCUAGAGUUAACCAUGGCGGAGAUGAGGCAAAGUCUGGAGCAGGAGAGGGAGCGACUGAUGGCGGAGGUGAAGAAGCAGAUGGAGGUGGAGAAACAACAGGCGGUAGACGAGACCAAGAAGAAGCAGUGGUGUGCCAACUGCAAGAAGGAGGCCAUAUUCUACUGCUGCUGGAACACCAGCUACUGUGACUAUCCCUGCCAGCAAGCCCACUGGCCAGAACACAUGAAGUCCUGCACACAAUCAGCGACAGCCUCACAGCAAGAGCCUGAGUCGGGGUCCACGGCAGACGGCCCAAACAAAGCCUCAGGACAGUCAAGUGGUCAAACCUCUCCCAGAGGAACGACAUCCGCACCCACAGACAAAGACUCUAACGUGGAGAAAAGCAAGGACAAUGUCACUGUCAGCCUUUCCUAACAUUGAGCCCUUGCCCCAACCAUUGAGUUAUUGCACUUGAACCUGUAACAUAAAACUAUCGACACUUUAUAUUUUCAAGCUGCUGCUCUGGAGUAAUCCAAAGGCUCUUUUUUUGUUAAUGACCGGAAUUUAAUCUUUCCCAAAAAUCUACAAUCAUCCUUAUCCAUCUCAAGUAUACUUACUGUAUUUCCAGGAGAUGAAUGUCCAAUGCACUGUGGGACAAGUAACCACUAGAGGGCACCACCUGUUCUCGCAAUCACUGUCAGCAACAGGCAGUACAUUACACUCCCUUUGCAAGCUCAUAGAGAAGCAGCUUUAUGGACAAAUUUGAGGAAUAGGUGUGUGAGUAAGAUGCAUAGAAAGUUUAGCAGAAAGUGUAUCUAUUAUUAUCUGUAAUAUUAAUAAACAUUUAUUGAGAGUGCAUAAUAAGUUUUGGUACUGGAGUUUGGUCAAUGAUCACCCAGAUGCCCAAACUCGAUGUGAACGGACAAGAAUGGAACAUGGCUUCAGAUGAGUGUUAACACAAAUGUCUUUUUUUCUACAAUUGUGUAUGUUAAUUUAUUUAUACCAGAAUGUUGCCUACAGUUUAUUGCAGAGAUAAUGUUCAAUAUACUGCCUGUUGAAUUAAGAUAUGGUUUAAAGAUAGGCUUUUCCAUUUCGGAAUGUUUUUCUUUCCUCCCUUGGGUCUCGUGUUCAUCAUAAUGCUGCCAUUUGUCCUGAAUUCAUAUCUGUGUUAUACGCAUGUUGUCACUGAGAAAUAAACCAUAUUUAUGGCAAACACAGGCCUAGUUUUUGAGGUAACAUAAUACACCACUACAUUUAAGGCUGUUACAUUUUUCAAUGUGUCUGCCACAUAAUUCCAAAAUGUAAAUGUAGCUGGUUGAAAAUGAUAAACUACAGCGAACAAGUCUUUGUGAGUCAGGUUUAAGCGCUCUACACCUUAUUCACUCAUCUGAGAGCAGGAAAUGUCAAUUGACUUUCAAACUAUUUUCCUACUACAAUCUACUGUAAUGGAAUCAUUCCUCCCUGUAUAGAGAAGUGACUAAAUCAACUCUGUUGUAUUUAAUGUCUUGUUUGUUUACAUUCUGUAAAUAAAUAAAGUAUGUUCUGAAA